GCGAUCGUGCCAAUCGACGCCAUAUGGGCCCCUGUCACGAACUUUUGUGUGCACUCACUUCUCGUGCAGCGAAUGUCACAAUGACUGUAGGACAAGAAUUUCUUCGAAUAUGUUCUGUUCUCAGUGGCAAAUUACAAUGGUAACGCACUAGAUGGUUUCAAGCAACCCCAUCUGAUGUCACCUUCCACUUGCUGUAUUAGGUAAAGUAACUCUCGCCUCCAUUCUUCCCGUGCAAAGUCAACGAAAAGAAGGGACAAUGCAAAGGUAUUCUGUACAAUGGUAUAGCUCGGUGCCACCCAAGCAGGACACCAAGAAACAAGAUCACGUGGAAUCCAAGUCAAGACAAAGCCUCUCCCAUAUUCCGCUAUAAAACGCCUGGGAAUUGGUUCACUUCCUGUCAUCAUAAGACACUUCCUACUCCCGGCGACAUCCCGGGAUACACCCUCCCUUCCAUUUCCUAUAAAUCGCUCAACAUGUCCGGUCUUUGCGACGACAGGCCAUUCUGCUCGGGGAACUACUAUGGUCCUAUCGCGCCUAUAAACUCGAACCAGUACCCUGCUACCUACCAUACUCCAUCAGUCCUAGGUUAUGGUUCUACUGCGAGUUAUUCCUACACCUAUACACAUCCACAUUCAAACGAAUCCGGCUUUACCUCCAUGUAUGACCAAUUUCGUGCGCAGUUUGAAGCCAUGUCUGCGUUUAACACCCCAUCGGAGGGAUUGUCUGGUGAAUGCGAAGACGCGUGCGGCGAGGCGGAAGAAUACGAAGAUGAAGAAACUGCGGACAACGACCACGCCCAAAUACUCAAUGAGUAUGGAAAACGGCAUAUCCACUCCUUACACUCUUCAAAACGGUUACGGCUCAAUGAGAUCGGUGAUGCAAAGGAGAUAACUCCAGUUUUAGCUCCAAAGCAGAAUCAAGCAGCUCCGAUCCAGCAGGAAUCGAUCGUAGAGGUACCCCAACCUCGUCUCAUCAAAGCCCUUCCAAAACGAAGCGACACCAUUCCCAAUCCGCCCCAGUGUGCUUCUCCUCCUAGAUCGAAUCCCUCCAGCGAUACGCCCGCACAGAAGAAGACUAGGGAAAACCUCAGGCUUCUUAUGCGAAAGGCGUCCGUUUCGCUGACGAGUCGACCAAACGCUGAAGAGAAUGUUAAACGUUUCCUUUCUUCCCUGAAACGUCUUCCUAGCGAGAAGAACCAACAGGGAGAGUGCAUGUCUAGGCUGUCGAGAUUGGAGCGUUAUCGCUGGCUUUGCGAGGAUGAAUGGGCGGCAAACGUCGACAGAACGUAUGUCAACUGCGUCGGCUGUGGGCGCAAAGUGCAGUUGGACAAGAGAGCUGAUGCGGAAUGGUACUUGAGUUUAUGGGUGAAGCAUCGCGAUAAAUGCCAUAUGGUAUACGAAAAGUGGCAGCGCAGAGAAGAUGCUGUCAAGGAACAACUUGAGAAAGAGAAUACCCAGAAGUAGAUAGUUGGUUAGUUGACAUUCCUUUUUGUUCUGAUCACAAUCGUAAACGGAGGAAUUAUAUUUGAGUUGUCAUUUCACUCAAUAAAUUCCAUUAUUGAGAAAAAUCAUCAGUCUGAUUU